CCUCGGUCUCUGAUGAAGCUUUAACUAGGUUGCCAUUGCAUUUCCACCCACCACUGGCCAUGCUCAAGUCCACAUACCAGCCCUCGCCUUCCACUCUGCCACCGCUGCCGCCCGGCUGGACCGAGCACAAAGCCCCCACCGGACACACUUACUAUUACAAUGCCGAAACGAAGGAGUCGACGUACAAGCGGCCGGGCGUCGCGCCCGCCGCACCGCCCGCCACGCCGCCCGUUGCGCCGCCCGUUGCAGUUCCCGCUGCCGCCCCGAUGGACCCGGCCAUGAGCAGCUACGUGCAGCAUCAGACAGUGCCGCAUCUGAAUCUCUCCGACCCGGCAGUCGCAAAUGCGUUCAUGGCUCAGUACGGACAACACCAACAGGGCAACCGGGGAGGGUUCGGCGCAGGAGCCAGAGGAGGCUCCCAGUCCAGGCCGCGCCCGCAACCGGUCGACAAGCCGCGGUCCAAAGUCGCCAUCCCGGGCUGCGAGCCGUGGAUUCUCGUCUACACGAAAUACGGCCGACGGUUCGUAUACAACCCCGUCAAGAAUGCGAGCUACUGGCGCAUCCCCGAGAAGCUUAUGCCCGCUAUCCUCGAGCUGGACAAGGCGCGCAUCCGGGAGAAAGCAGAGGGCAAGAAGCCGGAACAGACAGGCGAGGAAAACGAGACGACACAGAACCGCGAGAAGUCGGUCGCGUCCCAAGCCGACGGAUCGCAACAGGAAGAGGCAGCAGCGCACGACUUCGACAGCUCCGAAUACGAAGAAGUCGAGGUGACAGAUGAUGAGGGCGCCGAAGAAGACCAAGAUCAAGACGGUAACGCGCGGAAGCGACAGCGCACCGAGGAGCCCUCAGCCGACGGCAGCGGGCCCGCAGAGUUUACCGAAGCGGACAUCGCCGCGCAGCUAGCCGCCAUGGACGCCGAGUACAACGAAGCCGAGCAAGGCGAGGAGGGCGAAGGAGGAUGGCAGGAGGGCGACGAAGGGCUUCCGCUGUCCGAGGAAGACGCGCGCGAGCUCUUCAAGGAUAUGCUGAACGACUUCCGCAUCAACCCCUACAGCCCCUGGGAAAAGCUGCUCGAGGAGGGCAAGGUUUUUGACGACGCGCGCUACAGCGUCCUGCCUACGACAAAGGCGCGCAAGGAGGUGUGGGAGGAAUGGUCGCGGGCGAAGAUCCAAGAAAUCAAGGAGCGCCGGGCCAAGGAGGAGAAGAAGGACCCCCGGAUCCCCUACUUGGCGUUCCUGCAGGAGAAGGCCACACCAAAACUGUACUGGCCCGAGUUCCGGCGGAAGUACAAGCGGGAAGAGCCGAUGAAGAACACCAAGCUGUCGGACAAGGACAGGGAGAAAUGGUACCGCGAGCACAUCAACCGGCUGAAGCUGCCACAGGCGACGCUCAAGGCUGAUCUGAAGAAACUGCUCGAGUCGGUGCCGCUGUCGGCGCUCAACAACCAGACCAUGGUCUCAAACCUGCCGUCCCAAGUACUAUCAGACAUCCGAUACAUUUCGCUCGACCCCAAGGUCCGCGAUCCGUUCAUCGAGGCGUACAUACAGGGCCUCGGACCGCCGCCAGAGGACGGCGAGGCGGCCGAGCAAGAGGACGAGGCAGCCAAGAAGGCACGGGAAGAGAGACGCAGGCGAGAGAAAGCGUUGGAAGAACGGGAGCGGGCGGUCGCCGAGGAGAAGCGCCGACAGGAGAAAAAGAUGCAGUACGAACGGGCGAGGCUGCGAGACGAAGAGCGGGAAAUCGAGAAGGCGAUGCACGUAGGCAAGAAAGGGUUGCAGAGCCAAUUAAUGGCGGAUAGGGAUAGGGCGGAGGAACGGUAACCAGGAGUGCCAAAUGGCCAAGUUUAAAGAAAAGCUGUUCGGCUACGAGUAUUUGCCACGCUGA